GUACAUCACACUGAAAACUGACCCCAUUGCUGCUUAAAUCUCUAUUAUACCCCCUUCAGCAGCUUGUGUAGUGACAAUUGCAUCUGGCUCAAUCCCGACAUCGCAAAACACCCCACCCUAAAGGCCAGACCUCUUAAUUUUUUUUUCCUUUCGCAUCUUACACCACAUACAGCAACACUCCCAACGACAAAAUGCCUGGCGUUGAUGCAAUUAUCACUACAGAUGACACCAGAAUUCUGGGUCAGGAUCCGUUGAUCCCCCCGGCUCUGCUGCUCUCUGAGAUCCCUAUGACCGCCACUGCCGCCGAGACCAUCAUCAAGGGCCGAACAGAUGCCGCCAACAUCGUCAUGGGCCAGGACGACAGACUACUGGUCGUCGUCGGUCCCUGCUCCAUCCACGACCCCGAAGCUGCCCACGAAUACGCUGGCCGUCUCAAGCAGCUCUCCGAGAAGCUCUCCGGCGAUCUCUGCAUCGUCAUGCGCGCCUACCUCGAGAAGCCUCGCACAACUGUCGGCUGGAAAGGCCUGAUCAACGACCCUGAUAUCGACUCUUCGUUCCAGAUCAACAAGGGCCUGCGUGUUUCCCGCAAGCUCUUCGUCGACCUGACCUCCAAUGGCAUGCCCAUUGCCACCGAGAUGCUCGACACAAUCUCCCCCCAGUUCCUUGCCGACUGCAUCUCCGUUGGCGCCAUCGGUGCCCGAACAACCGAGUCUCAGCUUCACCGUGAGCUUGCCUCCGGUCUGUCUUUCCCCAUCGGCUUCAAGAACGGCACCGACGGCAGCCUUGGCGUUGCUAUUGACGCCAUUGGCGCUGCCGCCGCCAAGCACCACUUCAUGGGUGUCACAAAACAGGGUCUCGCCGCCAUUACCCGCACCAAGGGCAACGAGCACGGCUUCGUUAUCCUGAGAGGUGGAAGCAAGGGCCCCAACUUCGACAAGGACAGUGUUCAGGCAGCCAAGAAGAUGCUGCAGGACAAGGGCCAGAAACUGGCCAUCAUGAUUGACUGCUCACACGGCAACUCCCAAAAGGACCACAACAACCAGCCCAAGGUUGCCAAGGUCAUUGCCGACCAGGUCCGGGAAGGUGAGCGCGCCAUUGUUGGUGUCAUGAUCGAGUCCAACAUUGGAGCGGGCAACCAGAAGGUUCCUGCUGAGGGUCCCGCCAGUCUGAAGCGUGGCGUCAGUAUCACCGAUGCUUGCAUCGACUGGGAGCACACCGUCACUGUUCUAGAAGACCUUGCUUCUUCUGUCCGCGCCAGAAGAAAGGUCAACUCAGGCGUGCCCAGUGAGGCCGCCAAGGUCAGCACUUUGGAGGAGGAUUAAAUGGAGUGGUGUCGCAUGGAAUAGUUCAAAUUGAAAAUCGGGAGGGAAAAAAAAAAGAAAAAAAAAAGAACAGGGGUUGGUUUGUUGAUAUUGAGUCACAACCCCCGAAGCGUAUGCGGGCUGCGGCUGGCUUUACCCUUGGCCAAAUAAGGUCUGAAGGAGUGCGUUCAAACGGAAGAAACAAAAUGGCGCAUUGAAGGAACCAUUAAAAGUAUAUUUCAUCUUCAGCCAUAGCUGCAAUGGCAUACAAAAGCCUUUUUAGAAUAUUAGCAUUGAUUUACAAGCAACAUUUCCCGUCGGGAGCCUGAAUGCGUCCAAGUUUGUUGCUCAUGAUGAAUAACCAAAGA